GGAGACAGCAGGCACACAGCAGGGAUGUCAUUUUGAUUUUUUGCUGUUUUGUACCUGCUGCUUUUUUUAAGGGGAGUGUGCACACCAGCUCCCAUUCACAUUUUUCUAAUGGGAGAUUCCUGCUGCUUUCCUGCUGCUGUUCCUGCUUGCCUGUGUUCUGGAUCACAUCUCUGAGGGAAGCACAAGGGUCAGGAGGGGAAGAAAAGUGAAGGAGAGAGAGAGAGAGAGAGAAACAGACUGUGGAGAGAGAGAGAGAGAGUGACUCAGAAGUGCAGAGGGAGUUUUUGCUGCUGAGGGAAAAGCAGAGUUAUUAGGAAGCAGAAAAUGGGACCGGCUGCCACCUCGCUCGCUCUCCUGUGUUUAUGUUCUCUGGGUGCGAGUGUUCCUACGAGGACGUCCGACGCUGCACCAACACAGGCUUCUCUGCCAGAGGUGAAGAAAGCAAGAGGGGAUGUUCCAGACAUUCUUCCAGAGCCUGAACCAGAGCCGACCAGCCCAGUGUCAGACUUUGAAAACUCAUACAACUACGUCUUAUCCAGACUGGCCGGUAUGGACCAGGCGAUCCACAAGCUGAAUGUUGGUCACUACACUCUGGAUGUUAAAGUCAGUCAGCUGAUGGACCGUCUGUCCAGGAUGGAUGCUAAAGUCGGGGAGCUGGAGGACAGCAUCCGGGAGGUCCACCAGCACAGCAAGAACAACCGCAAGGAGAUUGGAAGACUGGAAGGUUGUGAAAAGGGGCGCAGGAUGGGAUACAAAUGUUAUCUAGUGUACAACAGCUAUGAGGAUUACGCUGGAGCGUCCAGAAAGUGUUUGGAACGCGGCGGCCGCAUGGCGAUGCCCCGUGACCGCAAGGAGCAGGAGGCACUGGCCGACUACGUCAAGUCUUUCUUCCACCCGGGGAACUGGCCCGUCUGGCUGGGCAUUAACGACCUGCGAUCUGAGGGCAUGUACCUUUUUGAAGACGGGACGCGGGUCUCGUACUUCCAGUGGCGCAAGCACUUCCUGUCCAGCCAGCCGGACGGGGGCCGGCGGGAGAACUGUGUGGCGAUGUCGUCAGACGACGGCGACUGGUGGGACCACUACUGUGAUCGGACCAUGAACUAUCUCUGCGAGUUUGAUGACAGGGUGGCGCUUUAAAAUUAACACUUUCCGCGGUAGCUUCACUCUCCCACCACUUUACUACUUUCUUAAGCUUUGACCUCCAGUUGUUUAUGAUUAUAAAUAAAAGUCCAGUAUAUUUUCAAAUAACUUAUUUCCCUUUAAAAGACACUUUAAACAUACCUGGAUUGGUUGCUUUCAAAGGUGAAGAAGUCUUUCUUUCUCAAUUGGAAACCAACUGUGUUUUAAUAUAAAUAGCCAGUAUAAUUUAAUUUGAAUAUACAAUUUGUGUAGCAUUGUUUAAGUAUCAAUAUAUAAUAUUUCACAGAAUUUUAGGUUUUUAAGGUGAAACUUGUGUCUCACAUGCGCACAAAUGUAUGUAUUACUAUUUAACUUCUGAAAGUACAGAAUAACACUUUAUCAGAUUAUGUUACUAAUAUAAAUAUUGUAUUAUUCAUGCAGCUGCAGUGAUAUGAAUGUAAGCCAGUCAGGACUCUGCUGUGAUUUCAUGCACAGAAUUCUAAAUAUUUGUACAAAGUUUCCAAAAAAAAAAAAGGGAAAUCAUGAAAAGCUGGAGCCACUUUCUUCAGAAUCAGCACAAACGGAACCUCUUGAAGAUAUAAAUGUGUAUAUUUGGGUUUAAAAGGAACUAGGCGGCACUACUCAGUUACUUCAGAUCUUUGAUGAUGUUUUAACAAAGUCUGGCACAGAGUGUGACUGUGCCGUUGAACCGCUGAUUCUCCAACAUCUCUGGCAAGAAUAGACCAACAUUUCCUGUAGUCCCGAGUCCUGCAGUAUGUAAAACAAGAAAGUUGUCCUGUACAUAAAAGUCUGAAUGUAAAUGUUUUUAAUAAAUCUUUACUAUGUGUUAA